AUGGAAUCUCAGUUGUACGAAGGCUUCCACAGCUCGCAAAGACUAGUGGACGAAUUCAACAUGUUGCAAGAUAAUCAGCCCAUCUCCUUCACGGAGAAGGACAGCAGCGACGAGGAAUCUACAGCAGAGGAAUCGCAGGAGCUGCAAGAGGUCAAGCACUCGCAUGCCGUGCAUCACAGCGCAGUAGUGGUGCGAAACAUCGACGUUCUUAACCACAUAUUCGGGACCCUGGGCGGAAAGGACCGGCUAGCGAAGAUUCUCAAGUAUGUGCUGGACCUCGUCAAGCUCUUCGUAUCGCGCAGCCGGAUCGGUAUCACGCGCUGGGACCCACAGGUGCUCGAGCACUACUCCAAGGUCCUUGCGCAGCUUAAUCUGCGCCUCCUCUUGAGGCACCCGGCUACCAUCGCCAAAAUAAUGGUAGUCGCGGGUCUGCGCAACUUCGAGGCCAAAGCCUCCUUGGUGAGCUCUAACCUAAGUCUUUUCAGGCAAAUCCUCAGGUUCGGCGGCACGCCUUUCCGCGUGGCUGCUCUUUGGAGCAAGAUCAAUCUCACCACGCAUCAGAUCGCGGCAGCGCGCGCCAAACCUGCAUCAGCAGCCGACAGCCAUACGCUCGCGGUGAUCAACAAGCUUUGGCUGAACGAAGCCUCCCUGGGGGAUUUCAUAGACCUGUACUACGGAGUGAUGGACGAGCUUAUGCUCCUCCACAAGUUCAAGGUGUGGCACCACCCUGGCCUGUACACAUGGGUUGCAAAGCACGAGUCUCUCUCCUGGUACUACGAUAUUAUGCUAGGUUUGAAAAAAAACUGGUGUUCUCUACAGCAGCUAAACCGUGCGCAGCUUGAGCUCAGCAUUCAAGAACAAGUGAAGAAGCGCGCCCUGGAGCUUUCGUCAAGGCUACAAGGGAAGACUGCCUCCCCCAUUAAGCAGCAACUUCUCCAAGAUCUUCAGACUGGGCAAGAGCACAACGAUCAAUUCUCUAAGCGCAUCCGCGACAUUGAGCGCCAACGAAGAGUGGUUAUUCUGGACUUGGUUAGGCUCUCUUUUGACUUCCUCGCCGACACAACUGACGUUUUCAACUUAAAAACGCCUCCAGGGACGUAUGCCGUGCUAUCUUUGGCCUCAGGCCUCACGGGUCUUGUGAAACUCUGGGGGAAUGCUAAGAGAGAACUAUCAGAGUCUGUAGUAUAA